AUGCGGCAGCUCAUGCGCAACACGUGGGUCACUGAGGCCCUCGCCAACGUCUGGGGGGUCACGGGACAGCGCAAAGCUCCAGGCCCGACAGCUCAGAUCGAGCCUAUGCAGCAGCAGCUGCAACAGCAGCCGUGUGUGCGAGCGGGCCGCAGCAGCGUGGCAUGCCAGACGGCGGAGCAGGCUGCGCCGAGGGCAGAGUGCGCCGCAACCCAGACGCCCGCACGCCUGGCAUCAGCGACGGUGGAGACGCAGACCGAGGCAUGCCCGCCGCUGCCGCUGGAGUGUUCAGCGGAGCAAGCGGGCGAUGGGGCGCCCGCGGACGUGAUGCUGGGCCCGCAACCUGCACCUGACGCAGGCUCGACGCCAAGCCCCGCGGCCACUGAGGCCAGGCGGUCUGAGGUGGUUGGGGGGAUGCAGCAGGGUUCUUCGGAGGAGCGCGGGGUGGAGGGCCACCGGCAGCAGCACGUGCCGCUGCUGCAGCAGCGGCAGGAGCAGCAGCAGAAGCAGCAGCAGGAGCAGCAGCAGGAGCAGCAGCAGGAGCAGCAGCAGCAGGAGCCGCAGGAGCAGCAGCAGGAGCAGCAGCAGGAGCAGCAGCAGGAGCAGCAGCAGGAGCAGCAGCAGGAGCAGCAGCAAGAGUCGCGCACGAACCCCGCAGGCCAGCAGGGGUAUUUUUCCAGGUGUUGGGGCAUGAAUGGCGGGGCCACCGCCAACACGGCACAGCAGCCAUGGAUCAAGGACGCCCUCUGCAAAGACAGUGAUGUUUGCCAUGUCGGCGGCACCUGCAGGAUCAGCAGCAGCACCAAUGUGCACACCACCACUGCAAUCACCUGCUCCUCAUGGGGUGGCACCAACAACGGCAACUUGGCCAACCGCGCCACCACUCAUUGCAAAUGUACCACGCCUGGCAGCAUUAGCCACUCGGGCGGCCCCGGCGUGUUCGAGUGUGCCGCAGGGCCCUGCUUUGCGCCUCGCGCCAUGCCCGGGACCCCCUCGUCGCCAACGAGCGGCAGCCACUGCAGCACACACACGGCGGAUGGCACCUCCAGCAGCUGCAGUGGCUGCGAGGACUUCGGCAAAGGCAGCGGCGGCGGCGGCGGCGGUGAUUGCGACGGAGAUUGCUGA